AUGAGCUCAACUGAAGACGUUAAAAACGUGCCUACAUCACCACCUACAACAACCUAUAAAUUCAAACAAAAAAAGUGCCUUGAAAUACACGCCGAAUACUAUCAAGGAAUUUCGAAUCUCUUAAAAGAUACCGAUGUCUCAUUAUUCUUGGCCGCACCAUCUCCGGGAAUCGAUCCCCUUCAAAUAAUCAACGAAACAGGAAUGGUAAUUAGCGGCAUGCUUGCUCCCGGUAUGAGUGGAUACUCUGUUGGCCAAAAUUAUAGUAAUAGAAGAUUAAAAAGACAUAUUGGAGAUGAUGUUGAAAUAAGUGGUGAAGAGGCUUAUAAUUCCGAAAAUCAAAGAGCACAUAAACAUAGGCGAGCGCCAAGACAACUUUGGACAGAUGAUGAAGUAGAACGGUUGAAAGCAGCUUACGAUAAACAUAACGGCGAUUGGGAAUUAAUUAUUAAAGAAUUCGAACCUGAAAGAACUAGAAUCCAAAUUUUCCAAAAAGCGCGCCAGAUGGGACUUCGAGCUGUUGAAUCUGGGAAAUUGAUCGAUUUAUCAAAAUCGAAUACGAUCAUUGAGUAUCAUAAUUCACAGAUGUUGGGCAAUGAAAAUAUUGAUGAUGAAGGAAUCGAAUACGAGCGAGAAUCUAGUGAUCCUGGUCACUCAUGA